AUGAUAAAUAGAUUAUCUCUCUACCAAUAACUUUUGACGACCACAAAGGAUCACUUCAGGAGUUUAGUGGGCAUUGUGUAGACCUGCUCAACCCCAGACAUAGAGACUAACUUCAAGAUGAACAAGCACUACAUUGAAAUGUGCGCCUAGAGAGGAGCCAAGUUGGUCUGCUUGCCUGAAAACUUUCACUACAUGCCGAAGACAUUUGAGGAAACUAUAGCUAAAGCUGAACCUCUCAACGGACCAACUCUCAAAAUGUAUAAGCAACUGGCCCUUGAAAACAGAGUUUGGCUGUCGUUGGGGGGAUUCGCUGAGGCUUGCGAAACUCCUGCUCUGAAAAGACACAACACUCACUUAAUCAUUAAUGAGGAAGGCAAUAUUGUUCAGGAAUACAGAAAACUUCACCUCUUUGAUAUAGAUCUCACGCAUAAGGGAGGAGUCAGCAUUUAAGAGAAUAAAUACAUCGAGCCAGGCAAAGUCGUCCCUGAUCCAAUCAUCUCUCCCAUUGGCUAUCUGGGACUUUCUAUCUCAAAUGAUUUAAGAUAUCCAGAGCUGUUCAGAAGUUAUGUUGUUAAAGGAGCUUAAGUUUUGAUAAACUCCAGUGCUUUUUACACAAAGACUGGAGCUGCUCAUUAUGAGCCACUGCUUAGAGCUAGGGCCAUAGAGAAUUAGUGUUAUGUCAUAGCAUGCGACUAAGUUGGAGUUCAUAACGACACGAUUCAGUCUUAUGGUCAUUCGAUGGUUAUAGAUCCUUGGGGAGAUAUUAUCGGCCAAAUGAGCGAUAAAGAAGGUUACUUUAUUUGCGAGAUAGAUUUGGAUUAUCUAGACAAAGUUAGAGGCAAUAUGGCAGUAUUGACUCAUAUGAGACCCGAAAUAAUCUGA